AUGCUAACGGCUUCGGAGCAUAUGUGGGUGGAGCAGAACCGUUUGCUCUCUCUCGUUCGGAAGUAUGUGCCGUUCAUGAGAAAAGUGGACGAGUUGGACUUUUGCCGAUUGCUCAAGUAUGUGUCCUAUAUGCUUACCAUUGUGGACUACAUGUCAGAUCUAGGUACGUAUGUGAGUGCGUUGGGUAGGGAGCUCUCUAGUUGGUCAUCUUGACUUGUUGUUUUUUUCUUGUGCUACUGCUGCUCUCAUGCAGCUGUGGGAAUGGGGAUGGUCCAACGCGGUAUUGCUUUGUGGCCCGGGGUGUGCAUUCUGCUCCUCUGCCAAGUGGACACGAUCAGUGCGGCUAUCUCUUACGGCAUCCGAACGAAGGCCACACUCCGGCAGAACGCAUCCCUCUUUGCGGCGUCCCUAUUCGAGUUGCCCAUCCUGAUCCUGACCAUCCUGUAUGGAGCAAACUCGACUGAUAUACGGACGAUCGUCAUAUCCAUCACGGCCACUUCCUCCACAAUAGCUAUCAAGGGAGUCGCCACGCUCCAUAGCGUUAUAACCGAGAGGCUGCGGAAGAGAAUCGACUCGACCGUCUCCAAGACGAGCACAACGCGAGAAACCAUGAGCACAGAGGGGCCGACUAACCAGGAUGGUACCAGUUGUGUAGACUUGCUCACUUACAACAUCUCGCUUCCGACCACCCGUCCACCAACGUCUGCCGAUUCCUGGGCCCUGCAGCCUUCUGGCCAGCCGGCGCCAGCUGAUCCGACGAAUGCAUCAGAAAUGGCGGGGCAGGAGGCCCAGGGAGGCAAUGAAGGGCCUGUCCAGCAGCAGUAUGUGAGGCCGAAGCUGGGAGGAGCGCAUGUGAUCAACAUGCAGGUGCAGCUGGAAGACGACGUGACAGCCGAUCACUCAAUGCUCAGCUGCGCAAAGGUGGGUGAGAUACACAGACAGACAGAUAGAUUGACGGGCAGGGCAGGGCACGCCGAAGGAGUCAACCUGUCCCCCUCGCACACUCCUAGAAUGAAUGUGUCUGUCUGUCUGUGUGUGCAGAUAUCGUGCAUCUUGUCGAUAUUCUUCCCCAUCAUCGGCUGCAUCACCUUCUGUCUGAAUCUCGACGCCAAGAAGGGGUCGGAGAGGCACAAGUGGGCCCGCCGCUGCCUCUACACAGCCCUCGCCGUCUUGACUCUGGUCAUCAUCCUACGGGUCAUCAUCUUGUCACUCUGGUUAUCGGGGGUGUGA